GUAAUUAAACCUGAUCUCAAUACAAGAAAAAUUCCUGUCAUAAGGCAUGAGCCUUGGGCGGAGUAAGAUCAAUGUUAGUCCUUAGCCUGGUCAAAUUUCUAUUUCGGCCAUUCUUGAGUCGCAGGUGGUAAGCAAAUUAACCUCCCUACGUUCUUUGUAAGAAUGGAGGCCACAAGUAUCUGAACUACAUGCAUGAUGAGACAUGUGGCUCUUGUUCAUUAUUAUUGUCCAUGCAAAAACUCCGGCAGCUAAAGGUUGAGCAUCAUUCUUUUAAUUUCUUUAAGUUUGAAGGCAUAGAUUCAUCCAUUGUCAGAGAUUUAAGGAGCAACAGAAGAAGAAAAGGGUUAUUUGAAGGCAUAAACACACUAAGACCCUCAAUUGUGAAUUGCAGCAGCAAUGGCUCAACUCGACCGCGUGCUCAGAUCAUAUGGUGACAAACCUAAAUCAGCUCCCAGCAGCCCCACUUUAGAACAUUUAUUCCGAGGAGGCGAAAGUUCAAAGUGGUCGCCAACAUCUUCACCUAGCUUUGGGAACCACCUUGACUAUGAAGACGAUCAUUCCCACCAUCACAAGAAACCAUCAGUUCUGACAAAAAUGAAGGAGAGGGCCAAGAAGUUGCGACAUAGUCUUAGCAGGAAGAAACAGAGUGAGGAUGGUAAUUCUACACCCUCUUGGGGUGUCAGCUUGGAUGACGAUGAAGACCUAGAAGAAGAUGCCGAAUACCUUGGAGCCCCAAUGUACGAGUCAGAGCUUGCUCCUCAGGAGUACAAAGAAACAGCUAGGCAUCAUCCCAGAUCAUUUCACGUGGUUUCUGAGAAGCAUGUUUUGGCAAGCAGUGUCAAUCGUGGUGAUGAAGCAGAUAAGGAGAAUCCUAUCAGCAUUCCAAACAAGACAAUAACUGAAACUGUGACACAGACAUCGGCACCAGCUUAUGUUUUAGUUUCGGAUGCAACCCAUGCUAUUGCUUCAAAACUUCAAGGCAUCAGUGUUUCAACCCCAGCAGCACCCCAAACCUUUUCAGGAGCAGCAUCUCCACGAGUUCGGUCAGCACCGGCUGCUACACAAAGCGGAAAUAAUGCUAUCAUGAGUACUGGUGAUCAUCAAAUAUGGGAUAGGAGUGUUUCAGUGAAGGAGUAUUUGAAGCAUAAACUUGAGCCUGGAGAAGAUGAGAGAGCCCUUAAUUCCCAAGUGACAUCUCAUGCAGUGAGUCCAAGGAAAAGUACCACUCCUGGGGAUAUAGGUGUGGUGGAGAAGGUGAGAGAAGCUGUAACUUCUUUGCUCCGGAACGAGGAGUCACCCAGAUCCACAGCUACUAGUUCUGCCAAAAACUCAUCAUUACACCUGCCAAUUUCCACCCGUGCGCAUUCGGCUAAAAGCUCACCAGCACAGCUUCUAGUCUCCACCAGUUCACAGGAAACUGCUGGGGAAGAAGAAAAUAGAGGCAGAAUACUCCAAGCCAAUUGAGAGAGAAUUGCAACUGUUAAUACAUAAACAAAUUUUUCUGUGUAGUAAUUUUAGGAAUCAAUAAGUAGUCUACAGAAAUGAUUUCCAGUACUGUUUGAGUAAGCAGUAUGUGUUCACCAAUAAACUGUUUCUGCAGCUCUUUAAAUUCAAAAAUGUCAAAAUCAAUGCAAAGAAAUGUGGACCUUUCCUGUUAAUGAAUGUAUUUACUUUAAGAGA